GGCCGUCUGGGGGAGAGGGAUCUCGGCGCCCGUCCUACACUCCGGCGGUGCCGAGGGCUGGGGAUGAUGGGGGUGCGCGGGGAGCUGUCUGGCCGGCCCCGGGCGGGGGGGACGGGACGCCGCCUUCCUCUUGGGCUGCCUAGAAGAGCCGCUGCUCCUCUUAGAAGUUUUCUGCGGGAUUUCCUAGCUUGGAUCUUGACCAAACGGGGCCUUUCCGGCGGGUUGGACUACAAAGCCCAUCGGGCGCGUGGGCUGGAGAGGGGGACUCUAGUCCCACGCCUCCGAAGGGCGACAGCCGCGGCAGGAUGGCUGAGCUACGGGCUGAGAGAAGAGCAAGUACCUAAAUUUAAAAUUCUCAGAUGUUUUGAGGGGUGCCCCCCCACCCCGCCCCAGCUUCAGACUAAGAAAAUAAUCCACGGAAGCAUCGACUGAGAGACGAACGUCAGAGUAGAUGCAGCAAAGAAGUGGGGGUAAAGGUUCUAGAAGGGCUUUCUUAAUGAUGGCGACGCAAGAUAUGAGUAUGCAUAUGGAGGAAGUUGUCGUGGUAACAACUCCGGAUAGUGUGGUUGAUGGCAGUGGUGUGGAAGAAGUGAAGACUGUCCUAGUCACCACCAAUUUGUCCCAGCACGGAGGUGACCUCAAUGAAGACACCCUGGAGACAGAAAAUGCCGCUGCUGCAGCAGCUGCAGCUUUUACAGCCUCUGCACAUUUGAAAGAAGCCCUUUUAGUGAAGAUGGCUGAAGGAGAUGAGUGCAUGGAAGCCGAGGUGGUUUAUCCCAUCACAUGUGGUGACAGCAAAGCCAACCUCAUAUGGCGGAAGUUUGUUUGCCCUGGCAUCAAUGUGAAGUGCGUGCAGUAUGACAAUCAUUUGAUAAGUCCUAAGGAAUUUGUCCAUUUGGCUGGCAAAUCCACCUUGAAGGACUGGAAGAGAGCGAUCCGAAUGAACGGGAUCAUGCUAAGGAAAAUCAUGGAUUCAGGCAAGCUGGAUUUCUACGAGCACACAAAAGUUUGCUCGAACACCUGCCGCAGCACUAAAAUCGAUCUGACUGGAGCUAGAGUCUCUCUCAGCAGCCAGACAUCAACAGAGUACAUUCCUCUCACUCCAGCCUCUGCAGAUGUAAACGGUUCUCCUGCCACAAUCACCAUAGAAACCUGCGAGGAUACCACCGAGUGGACCACUGCUAUCGGAGAUGAUACGUUUACAUUUUGGCGAGGUCUGAAAGACGCAGGACUGCUAGAAGAAGUGGUCCAGGAAUUCAGCAUGGAACUAAUGGAAGCCAUGAAAGGCCUGCAGCAAAGAAUUCAGGAUCUCCCUUUACAGCUCAGUGAUGCCGUCUUGCUCAACAACACAGUCCAAAACUUUGGUAUGCUAGACCUAGUGAAGAAAGUUUUAGCCAGCCACAAGUGCCAGAUGGACCGUUCCAGAAAGCAGUAUACGCGAGACUUAGCAGCUCUGGAGCAGCAGUGUGACGAGCAUCGCAAGAGAGCAAAGGAACUGAAGCACAAGUCCCAGCACCUCAACAACGUGCUGAUGACCUUGACGCCCGUCUCCAUUCCCUCCCCUCUGAAACGCCCCAGGCUGACCCGUGCCACGUCAGGGCCCCCUGCCAUUACCUCCCAAGUCCUGACUCAGUCAGCACAGAUUGCUCUGGCUCCAGGGAUGCCGGUCACCCAGCUGGCCAGCCUGCCCAUUGGCAAAGUGGUCUCUGCUCUCCCAGCGUCGACUCUCGGAAAGGCCACCGCACAGAUUACAUCAGCCAGCUCUCCGGCCUCCCCACUGCUGGGCGGAUACACAAUCUUAGCAUCGGCGGGAUCCACUUUUCCCAGCGCAGUGGAGAUCCACCCCGACGCGUCCAACCUCACGGUCUUGAGCACGGCGGCCAUCCAGGACAGCAGUACUGUGGUGAAAGUGAUGAGCCCUUUCCAGCUGCUCACCCUUCCAGGACUGGGCACGGCCAUCCAGAACGUGACACAGAUGUCUCCCGGGGGGAGUACAAUCGUGGCUGUGCCAUCCAGUGUGGUGGAAGGCACUUCAGCAGCGGAAGAGCACACGACCAUUGAGGUAACUACCGUGGCAGACGAGCCUCAGCAGAAAUGAAACACGGACAUUGACCCACUUUCUGGGAGUGCUCCGGGCUUACGUGCCCAUCCCUCAGAUGAGAAGAAGAAGAAGAGGGUGCUGGGAAGAGAGAGAGGGAAACGGAUCGGCUGAUGGCAGAGUAGUGAGGUUGAAAUAAUAAAGCAGAGAAAGGCGGAGAGAAAAGAGAAAUGAAGGGAGAACAUCGCCGAAGGGGCAGGAAAGAGACACUUGUUCCCUAGGAACCGUUAAAGGCUAUAAUCUUUCCAUCCGCAGCUUGUAAGCACUGUCCCAUCUCUAGCCAGCUCCAGUGGAGCAAAGAGCAUGUAGAAAAACUGAGGCAGCCAAGAUAGGUUUCGAAGGAAAAAACAUUAACAGGACCAGGAACGCUAAAGGAUUAGGCAGCUAGACAAGAAUAGUUUAAACAUUUCAGGGCAGGCAGAAGAGGGGUUCUGCUUCUGGUGGCUGCCUGCGUGUUCUGUUAUGUGGCUGAUGGACUGUUUCUCUGCCAGAAUGGAUGAGGAGAGAGGGAGUCUGGCAUUCGCACUUGGAUUAAAUGUAUAAGGAGUCCCAUUCAGUUUGCAGAAGGCGCAGGGGAUGGGGAAUAGCGGCUUAAAAACAGGAAAGUCCUCUGAGGAGGGGUGGGGCUUGGAAGGGGGACAGCGUGGCUCCCUUUAGGGUUCAGUGGUAGGCAGACCCAGAUCAUCCACGCUCUCAGCUUUGCAGCAUCAAUUUGUCAAGCUCCCAGCUUGCAUCUCAGCCCCAGGGCAUUCAAGAGGAAGAGACAGCAAAACUGCCAAAGGUGGACUGCCUGGGUUCCCGCUGGCUCGGCGGAGGGCUGAUUUGGCCCCACCUGGUCUGCCCUCUGCAGCUACCAAGCCUUAUCCGCCAUGCAGCAGCACUUUAGGCUGGAAAAGAGUAUUUUGCCGAAAAGAAAGGUGAAUGGGAGCUCCUGAUUGUUCCAGCGGACUUGAGGGACUUGAUAACUGAGGAUUUAAAAAGAAGAGGUCCUUGGGAGAGGCGUCAUCUGCUGUCAGAAGCUACAAGGGCUUGGAUUCUUGCAGUGUGAGUUGGCCUAUCAGAAGCAGCAAAAUCACGUCUCUUGGAUAACAUUAAAAUUUGUUUUCAA